UAAAACAUUUCAAAAGUUACUUGACCACUUUCAUCUUUACUCUGCAUUUUCAAGAUACAUUUUCAAACUUCAAGAAUUACAAACACCGCAAAUAUGGCUCCCCUCGCGAACCAGAAGACGUUCAAGCUUUCCAAUGGCGUCAUCAUGCCAGCCGUCGGAUUCGGCACCUUCGCCAGCGAAGGCGCAUCGGGCGAGACCUACGCCGCCGUAAUGACCGCGCUCAAGACUGGCUACCGCCAUCUCGACUGCGCGUGGUUCUACCAAAACGAGGGCGAAGUUGGCGACGCCGUCCGCGAUUUCCUCAAGGAAAACACCAACGUCAAGCGCGAGGACCUUUUCAUUGUCACAAAAGUAUGGAACCACCUGCAUGAGCCCGAGGAGGUCAAGUGGAGUUUUGAGUCUUCGCUGAAGAACCUGGGCGUCGACUACAUCGACGCGUUCCUCGUCCACUGGCCCAUUGCCGCGGAGAGCGACGACAACCACAUGCCCAAGCUGGGAGCUGACGGCAAAUACAUCAUCAAGAAGGAGCUCACCGAGAACCCGGAGCCAACAUGGCGCGCCAUGGAGGAGAUUUACAACUCGGGCAAGGCCAAGGCCAUCGGAGUUUCCAACUGGACCAUCCCCGGCCUGAAGAAGCUGCUCAGCAUCGCCAAGGUCAAGCCCAUGAUCAACCAGAUCGAAGUCCACCCCUUCCUCCCCAACACCGAGCUCGUCAAGUACUGCCAGGAAAACGACAUUCUCGUCGCCGCCUACUCCCCGCUCGGCUCCCAGAACCAGGUUCCCAGCACCGGCGAGAAGGUCCGCACCAACCCCAAGCUCAACGAAGUUGCCGAGCGAAGCGGCUACGACCUUGCGCAGGUUUUGCUCGCAUGGGGUCUCCAGCGCGGCUACGUUGUCCUGCCCAAGAGCUCCACCCCUAAGCGCAUCGAGAGCAACUGGCUCAUCCCCGAGCUGAGCAAGGCCGACUUUGACGCCGUCGAGGAGGUCGCCAACGGAAGGCACACUCGUUUCGUCAACAUGAAGGACACCUUCGGCUACGAUGUCUGGCCAGAGGAGACCGACGGUGGUGAGCUCAAGGCAUAGAGCGGGGCGAUGAGAUCACGAUGACACGGCAUAUUUCGAUAUUUUGUUUUUAGCGAUACCAAAAGUCAACGGGAGACUUAUUUAGAUCAGCUCA